AUGGAUGCAGCUCGACUAGAGUCUGCGCUAGGACACAAACAGGAGUUGGCCCGCAAUUUCGAUCUCGUCAGCUUAACUAGCUUAGGGAUCAUCAUUGCCAAUUCAUGGGCAUCAACUGGCGGUACAAUUGUUGCAGCUCUGCAAAAUGGAGGACCAAUGGCAGUUCUCUACGGGCUCAUUCUCGUUAGCGUCUUUUACACACUGAUCUCUGCUUCUCUAUCCGAGCUCGCCUCAUCAAUGCCAUCUGCUGGAGGAGUCUACUACUGGUCAUCGGUAUUAAGUCAAAAGCAUGGACGAAUUGUCGGAUUCUUCACCGGCUAUCUCAAUGCCUGUGCCUGGCUUCUUUCUGCAUCGUCCAUCAGCUCAAUGAUGGGGAACGAGCUCGUGGCUAUGCAUAUGCUCCGGAGUCCUGGCCUGAAGUGGCAACCAUGGCAGGUUUUCAUCGUCUUCCAGUUAGUCAAUUGGAUCUGUUGCGGCAUAGUCUGCUUAGGGAAUCGGUUCAUCCCUCUGGUAAACCGAAUCGCCCUGCUACUUUCCAUGUGCGGGUUAGUCGUGACGGUUAUUAUCCUUGCAGUGAUGCCGACGAAACAUGCGAGCAAUUCUGAAGUAUGGACGAAAUUCCAAAACAAGGGACAAUGGACAGAUGGCAUUAGCUUCAUGACCGGACUACUGAAUGCAGCAUUCGCAGUAGGGGUCCCCGAUUGCAUAAGCCAUUUAUCAGAAGAAGUACCCAAACCCGAAACUAAAGUUCCCCAAGGCAUCAUGCUCCAGAUGCUCACAGCCUUCACCACAGCAUUCAUAUACCUAAUCGCGCUAUUCUACUCCAUCCAAGACCUCGACGCCGUCUUCAGCAGCGAAAUCGCAGUUUUUCCAACAGCCGAAAUCUACAAACAAGCCACCGGAUCCAGCGCAGGCGCAAUCGGAUUAAUCGCCGUCCUCUUCCUCGCCACCUUUCCAACUCUAAUCGGAACCUUGGUCACAGGUGGACGUAUGUGGUGGAGCCUUGCCAGGGACAAUGCAACCCCAUUCGCCUCUUAUUUCAGCAAAGUACACCCCAAACUCAACGCCCCUGUUCGUGCAACUGUGGCCGUGAGUACCAUGGUGACGUGUCUCGGCUGUAUAUACAUCGGGAGCACAACGGCGUUCCAAGCUUUGAUUUCCUCUUAUAUUGUGCUGAGCACGUUGUCCUACCUUGGGGCUAUUCUUCCGCAUGUCUUGACUGGAAGGAAGAAUAUCGUUCCUGGGCCUUUUUAUCUGGGGCGAUUUGGGUUUGUUGUUAAUGCUGUUGCUGUUGUGUAUAUUCUUGUGACUGUGGUUUUCUUUUGUUUCCCUCUUGUUCUUCCGGCUACGGCGCAUAAUAUGAACUAUACUAGUGUCAUUGUUGUAGGGUUGAUGGCUAUGACUGCGGUCUGGUGGGCCUUUCGGGGUAGGCGUGACUACAGGGGACCUCAAUAUAGCAUUGACGCUGCUCUGCGACUUAAUGGCGAAAUAAAUCGCCCUGUGGAGGAAAAGACUUAG